AUGGCCGAAUCUACCUCUACACAGAAGGUCUGGCUGGCGUCUAAUGACAGCGCUAUUAUUGAAGUCGACCGCGUCGUUGCCGAGCGAUCCAUGCUGAUCAAGAACAUGUUGGAAGAUAUCGGUGAUGAGGGCAUCAAUGCUGAAAACCCUAUUCCUAUCCCCAACGUGAACGAGGCCGUUCUUCGCAAGGUGAUUGAGUGGUGCGACCACCAUCGCACCGAUCCCCUCCAAGCACAGGAUGACGAUUCCGACGCCCGGAAGAAGACUACAGAUAUCGAAGAGUGGGACCAGAAGUUCAUGCAGGUUGAUCAGGAGAUGCUGUUUGAAAUCAUCCUCGCAUCCAACUACCUCGACAUCAAGCCUCUUCUUGACGUUGGCUGCAAGACCGUUGCCAACAUGAUCAAGGGCAAGUCUCCCGAGGAGAUCCGCAAAACUUUCAACAUUACGAACGACUUCACUCCCGAGGAGGAGGAGCAGAUCCGCCGGGAAAAUGAGUGGGCUGAGGAUCGUUAA